AUGCUGGCAAACCAGAAACAGAAGGCUGUGCUUUGCGGCAUUUUGUUGGGACUAAGCAUCCAGUUGUGCUCCAUCGGUGGGGGUGUCCAACAAGCUCAAUGGAAUGAUAAGUGGGGCGUAGAACCAGCACAGAUUCAACAACUAUGCAGCGGAUUAUAUGGUGUUUUGAUUGCCGCCAUGGGUCUUCGUCUCUGCUUGGUCAAUGCCCUCUUGAUUGUACGGAACAUGGGUUCCAGCUCAAGCCAAGCCAAUCAAACCCAGGCCAACUUGUCACUGGAUUGGGCUGUCUUGAUGGGGUUCUUGCUUGCCAGUGUUGUGGUGGAAAUCCUUCGACUCAUAUUGUUCUAUGACACAGCUCUGGUUACCAAUGCUGCAAUCAAAAUAUUCCUGUAUGUCUCCAUUCUAUUCUUUGGCUAUUGCUUUGCUGUUAGCCAGGAACAGACCAAAGAUGACGAUGAGAAUGAUGAUCUUGUUGUUGAUACUGAUGAUCCAGAGAUCGGCCAGGCAGGUGAUGCCGGAGACAACGAAAUCACCACUUGCCAUGUCAGGCUGGUGUAG